AUGGCGGCGCAGGAGACCGCAGCAACACAGCAGUCCACUGUAAGCAACGGCGAGGUGAGCAGUAAUGGUGCAGCUACCUCAGACCAGGUUGCACAGUUGGGUGCUACAGCACCGGACUCUCAGCAGCAGCAGCAGCAACAACAGCAGCAGCAGCCCAAUGCAUGGCAGGUCAUCAAAGGCGUCCUCUUCCGGAUCUUCAUUAUAUGGGCCAUCAGCAGCUGGUUCCGCAGAGGCACAUCGACCCCAGACCCAAACACCCCUGCAGGUGCUCCUCGGGUGCCCAGCCGCAAUCUCUUCCCUAAAGACACCCUAAUGGAUUUUUAUGUGUACAUAUCUGAGAAUGAGGUAUUCUCAGACUUUAACAACACAGAAGCCCUGUUCUGGUUCCAGCAGGAUCUGGUCUAUGGAGACUGGAGCACAGGAGAAGCAGGGGAUGGCUGCUACGAACGUAAUUUAGAACUGGACACACCAGAGAGUGUCCAGCAGAACGGCUCUCUGUACAUCCACUUGUACUUCACCAAGAGCGGCUUCCAUCCAGAUCCAAAACGCAAGGGCCAGUAUCGCAGACUAUCCACCGUCCACGCAGCACGAAUGCUGAACAAGUUCAAGCGAAGGAAAUUUCUCAAGACCAAGAACCUGCUUACAGGAGAGACAGAAGCUGAUCCUGAGAUGAUUAAGCGGGCAGAGAGUCAUGGCCCUGUGGAGAUCAUAUCCCACUGGCAUCCCAACCUAACUAUCAACAUGGUGGACGAUCAUACAGCCUGGGUGAAAGGCUCUGUGCCUCCACCCCUUGACCAGCAUGUGAAGUUUGAUGCUGUGAGCGGUGACUACUACCCUAUAGUUUACUUCAACGACUACUGGAAUCUGCAGAAAGACUACUAUCCCAUAAACGAUACUCAAGAAAAGCUGCCUCUGCGCCUCACCUUCUGCCCGCUCUCUCUGUGGCGCUGGCAGCUGUAUGCUGCCCAGAAUGCCCGCUCACCCUGGAACUUUAUGGGCGAGGACACGUACGAGCAGUCUGAUGAGGACCAGGAUUCUGUUAAGGUGGCAUUGUUGGAGACCAACCCCUACCUCCUGGGACUGACGAUUGUUGUGUCAAUUGUACACAGCAUCUUUGAGUUCUUGGCUUUUAAGAAUGAUAUCCAGUUUUGGAACAGUCGCCAGUCUUUAGAGGGGCUGUCUGUACGCUCCAUCAUAUUCGGGGUUUUCCAGUCACUUGUAGUGCUGCUUUACAUCCUGGAUAACGAGACCAACUUCGUGGUGCAGGUUAGCGUCUUCAUCGGGCUGCUCAUCGAUUUCUGGAAGAUCACUAAAGUUAUGGACGUCAGGUUAGACAGAGAGAACAAGAUUGCAGGAAUAUUUCCACGACUGGUAUUCAAAGACAAAUCCACUUAUGUUGAAUCUUCAACCAAAAUCUAUGAUGAUAUGGCGUUUAAGUACCUGUCGUGGCUGCUCUACCCGCUUUUCGGGUGUUACGCCGUUUACAGCUUAAUCUACGUAGAGCACAAAGGAUGGUACUCGUGGGUGCUCAGUAUGCUCUAUGGUUUCUUGUUAACAUUUGGUUUCAUCACUAUGACGCCACAGCUUUUCAUCAACUACAAGAUGAAGUCCGUGGCACAUCUUCCAUGGAGAAUGCUCACCUAUAAGGCGCUAAACACAUUUAUAGAUGACCUGUUUGCCUUUGUCAUUAAAAUGCCCAUGAUGUACAGGAUAGGCUGUCUUCGAGACGAUGUAGUGUUCUUCGUCUACCUGUACCAGAGGUGGAUCUACAGAGUGGAUCCCAACCGCGUCAACGAGUUUGGCACGAGUGGAGUAGAAAACUCAGCCCAGCCAUCAGCAGAAGACACAGCCACCCUUGCCCUGACAGAUAAACCAGAGGGGGAGAAGAAAAAUGAUUAACAAAUUUUCCACCCUUUUGUUUUUUUGAAGGUGUGUGACAUCUUCAAGGCUGAGUUUAUGUGUGAUUGUCAGGAAAGAGAACUGGAAGAAUGGUAUUCUAUAAAGGACGCUGCAGGAAAUCUCAGUUCUGCUUUCCUCUUUUUGUAUGGAAUCUGCAGAAAGAAACAAAAAAAGUAAUUUAUCGUAACCUCCCUAAUAUUUUUUCAUCUCUAACAUUUUGUGGUAAAGGUGAAGUGAAAAUGUGUCGUGUCCUGUAUUGUAGAUUUUUGGGUUGGUUAACAUGUCGAAGGUUUAGAUCAUUAAAUCAGUCCUUCAGUCCCUUUAGUUUGAUGAGGCUGUUGCAGUUCAGAUUUUAAUAUGUAAGAAGGCAAAAAGAGGCCAAAGUGGAAGCUUGUGUUUGGGUGGUUUUUUUUAGGGUCUUUUUUUUUUUUUUCUGUGGAUUCCUCGUCCUUACCUUUUCUCAUUCCAUGUGUGAGAAGGAGGCAGUAAUUUGUACCAGAAAGUGGGUGAGUAGUGUAAGAGUAAGCAGCACAUUUUUUGGUAAAAGAUGGUGCUGCUGCCAUGUUAACACUACUCAUAGGAAACUGUGACUUCCCAAGAUUUAUUUUCUUUCUUUUUUUAAUGGUUGGUGUUCCAAGUUUGAACAAGAAAACGCAGCCUUGUAGGUAUUAAUCUAAAGAUAAUAUUAAUAAUAUUAAUAAUGGUGAUUCAUGAUCGUUCAGUUUUUCAUCUUCAGAUGUCUUUUUUGUCAUUAAACUGUACAAUCUAAGCUUGUAAAAUCUAAUUUUACUGAUGUCAAAUGUUCUAACAUUCACAGAAAGUCUGGUUAAGAAUGACUGACUAAAACUAUUUUUUUCUGGUUGCAUUUACACUCCAAAGCAGGACCAUUAAUUAAUGUAGUGUUGUGUACAGCUGUUGUGUAAGCUGCUGGCUCUAAUGAAUGCAGGACUUGGGUCGUCUAAUCCAAGGGAUGAAACGCUUCCGUUUGUCUUGUUUUUAUUUAUUUAUUUCCCUAAAAAAAUUGGAGUUGUUGGCUUUUUAUUUUGGUACAUUAAAAUUUGAUCACUCAU